CGAAGAUUUUCAAGUACUACUUAAGUUAUGAUGGUUUUGGAAUACGGUCCGCAAAUCUAAGAUGAUUCGUGCGAUCGUUUUUACGAUCAAUUUAAACUUACGAUGCUUUUGGGAAACGCAGCCCAGGUGUGUUUGGUGCUGAAGAAAUUACAGUGUCUGUGAUGGAGGGAGAUUGUGUCACUCUGCACACUGGUGUUAAAACAAACCAACAAGACAGAUUGAGAUGGUAUUUUAAUGACAUUCGCAUCGCUCAAAUCACUGGAGAUCUUAGUAAGACCUGUAAAGAUGUUCAGUGUGAUGGGAAAUUCAGAGACAGACUGCAGCUGGACAAUCAGACUGGAUCUCUGACCAUCACAAACAUAAUGACCUCAGAUGCUGGACAUUAUAAACUGAAGAUUUUAGGCAGCCCCAGCAGUGAAAAGAUCUUCAAUGUUACUGUUCAUGAUCACAAGAAGACAGUGCCAGUGAAGGAGAGAGAAUCAGUCACUUUAUGUACUGGUGUAGUAAAUCAAGAUGAUUUGAUGACAUGGUAUUUUAAUGACAUUCUCGUCGCUGAAAUCACUGGACAUAAUAAGAUCUGUACAGAUGUUCAGUGUAAAGAUGGUGAUGAGAGAUUCAGAGAAAGAGUGAAGCUGAACAAUCAGACUGGAUCUCUGAUCAUCACAAACACCAGAACCACAGACUCUGGAGUUUAUAAACUACACAUCAACAGCAGCAGCAGUGUCAUUAUUAGGAGCUUCAGCGUUACUGUCACUGCACGGGAUCUAAUUUUACAUGAUAUGAAAGCAGUAUUUGUGAGUGCAAUCCUGUUGCCACUAGCCGUGGCUGCUGCUGUUUGUUUGAUUUGCUGUCUCUCCAGAAAGCAUAAACAAAGAAAAAAACAAAAGUGUUCCACUGCAAACAGAAGAAAUGACUCUGAUGAGACAGACACGAUAAGGUUUUCAUCAGCUACAGUAUGAAGGAAAAGGAGCUCUAGAUGUGUUUGAUAUCGACUCUUGUGCUCACAUUGAUCUAUAGAUCAACCCUGGUGCUUAUUUGAACAUCUAAGGUAAAUCUAAUACGUAGUGAUUCAUGACCGCAGAUGGAGCAG